AUGUCCUCUCAAGAUCUCUCCUGGAAUCUGCACGAGUCCACCAGAUAUGAGGACCUCAGUCACGUUGUAGAGAUGAGGCGAGAGAACCCCCGCAAUCCGGCAAUCAUCACAUGGGCGAAUUCGGGUGGUGGGAAAUUCUUCAGGAUAGAAGACUCGGGUACGCAGCCCCACUCAAGGCCUCGGCGUUCACAGACACAGGAAAGCGAAGAAUUUCGAUCCGAAGUCUCGUCGCACUCUCCGCAUCUCGCCAGCGCCAGCCGCAAGGAUAUAGUUCGCCGGCCCGGCGGUUCCUCCCGAUUUCGGUUUGACAAUCGCCCACACCCUGACAACAACGGCCAGACGUCCAAUACGCCUAUUCCGUUGGGACAAUCAGAUGCAGAGGACACCGAACUCUUUUCUGAAGACGAGCUAGAUACGCCAAUUAUCGCGCCUCAUACGCAUUCCAGAACAUCAAAUCGGAGGGCUCGUGGUGUGAAGGUUACAUACCGACUUCAUCGCCAUCUAUCAGAAGACUUCGUUCCGUCCUCACAGCAGGGCGAAAAAGACACCAACCCUUCUACACCCCGCGUUGUGCCUAUGCCACCGUCUACCGAUGACGACGACGAGAUUGUCCCAGAAUCAGCGCAUACGUCCAUGGACGCGAGCUUUUCUUCAAAAUCCUUCUCGAACAUAUUCUCAAGCGCCCGACUUCCCGCUGCUCUUGGCUCGACCAACACUUACAAGAUCACGCGGGCCGGCCGACCAGAAGUCAUCCCUAUACAGAAGAGGCUGACUGGAUUGCAACAGCGACCACAAUAUCCCUAG